GUGGACACCCAGCCAUUGGAGGAGGUUAUGACUCCAAGCCCGACAGCAACGAAGCCAGUAGAGGUGACCCCGGAGAAGGCACAAAGUUCCAUGUCAGUGGAGAAACCGCGGGUGACACCUUUCAUGCAGAAUUCUAUGAGGACUGGCAAGCGCAAGACUUUGAAGAAAGGCCGCAAGCCAGGUGCCAAGAAAAGGAGGGCAGGGCAUGAGAAAGUUUCUGAACCGGUGACACUAUCCCGACGUAGGAGCAAGUUGGGGAAAUCUAAGAAAUUGGGAAGCCCAACAAAGAAAGUCACCAGAAACACAGAAUCUGAGCCUAAGACUGGAAACAAACGAAAGAGGACUUCAAAGUCUGACUCGUUGAAAACCAGCGAGACGCAUCAGCCAGAUGAAGGUGGGGCUAGCCAUGGCAAGGUCUACCAGGAGAGGGUGGAUCUUGGAAAACGAAAAUGGCGCUAUGAAAUCUUGGCAGACCAGGUGUUUGGGUGUGCGGCCUGCCGAUUCAUCUUCGGUGGCUGCAAGACUUGUCAGAACCCAAAGUUUCGUGGACGGAACGCAGCGCAAGUCCGUGCUGAGGAGGGGGCCGCCAGCAACAGUGCUGGCAGUAAUGAGGUGGAGCCUGCUGUGGCAGGGGGUCCGGGUGGGAUUGAGAAGAAGCGCAAGCCCACGAAGUCUUGCAAAAAGAAGGUCAAAAGAUCCAAGUUGUCAAAGUAA